AGUUUACUCUCAGUUUCGAACCAAAUUCUUUCAAUCAUCAACUGAUAUUAUAUACACGUUGGAUAUAUAGAAGAAAAAAUGUUUAGUUUUUCAGAUAAUUAUGAUUGCUUUUCUCGCCGCUGUGUGUGGGUUAAUGGUCCUGUCAUUGUUGGCGCCGGGCCGUCGGGGCUAGCGGUGGCCGCCGGCCUGAAAGAACAAGGCGUGCCGUUCGUCGUCCUGGAAAAAGCCGAUUGCGUUGCAUCUUUGUGGCAAAACAGGACUUAUGACCGGCUAAAGCUUCAUCUCCCUAAACAGUUCUGUCAGCUGCCGGAGUUUCCAUUCCCAGAGAAUUAUCCUAAGUACCCCACAAAGAAACAGUUUAUAGAUUAUCUUGAAUCAUAUGCAAAAAAGUUUGAUAUCAAUCCACUGUUUAAUGAAUGCGUGGAAUCGGCUAAGUAUGAUGAAACGUGCCGUUUGUGGAGAGUUAAGACUGUGUCUAUAAGUGGUGACGCCGCCGGGUCUGAGGUUGAGUAUCUUUGCCAGUGGCUGGUGGUGGCGACAGGUGAAAAUUCAGAGCCGGUGGUGCUGGAAAUCGAAGGUUUGUCGGAGUUUAAGGGUGAAGUACUACACGCUUGUGACUACAGGUCUGGUGAAACUUUCCGGGGCAAGAAAGUUGUCGUUGUUGGGUGUGGUAAUUCUGGUAUGGAAGUUUGUCUUGAUCUUUGCAACCAUGACACCAAGCCAUCAAUGGUGGUUCGCAGCUCCGUCCAUGUAUUGCCAAGAGAAAUAUUAGGGAAAUCCACAUUUGAACUUGCGAUGUUAAUGCUCAAAUGGCUACCUUUAUGGCUUGUUGACAAGAUUUUACUUUUUUUGGCAUGGAUGAUUCUUGGAAACAUGGAGAAAUUUGGGCUAAAAAGGCCAUCAGUUGGUCCAUUGGAGCUCAAAAAUACUCAAGGAAAAACUCCUGUUCUAGACAUUGGUGCAAUUGAAAAGAUCAGAUCCAGGGAAAUUCAGUUAGUCCCUGGAAUUAAUAAAUUCUCAUCCUCCAUGGUUGAGCUUGUUAACGGCAAAAUGAUUGAAAUCGAUUCGGUUAUCUUUGCUACUGGAUAUCGAAGCAACGUUCCCUACUGGUUAGAGGUGAGAAAAAUUUCUAUCCCCCAGGAUUAAAUUUGAUAGCAUAAUGAACAAUAUUUUAACUUAAUUUA